AUGGAACCAUUUAUCAACCUGAGCGGCGUCGUUGCCCACCUCGACCAGGUCAACGUGGACACCGAUAUGAUUAUCCCCGCCGUAUAUCUCAAGAGCAUCGAGCGCGUCGGUUUCGGCCCGCACCUGUUCGACCGGUAUCGCUACCUGGAAGACGGUUCGGAAAACCCGGAUUUCAUCCUGAAUCAAAGUCCUUUCCGCCAUUCCAAAAUCCUGGUGUCCGGUCCCAACUUCGGCUGUGGCUCAUCGCGUGAGCACGCCCCCUGGGCCCUGGAGGAUUUCGGCAUCCGGUGCGUCAUCGCCCCCAGCUUUGCCGACAUCUUUUACAACAACUGCUUCAAAAACGGCCUCUUGCCGCUGAUCCUGCCUGAAGCAGCGGUGCGGGAGAUUAUCGACAAGUCCAAAAACAGCCCCGGCCUGGAAUUGACGGUCGAUCUCGAAGCGCAACAGGUCCGCGACAACGAUGAAGACAUCGUGGUCGACUUCCAGGUGGACGAGUUCCGCCGCUAUUGCCUGCUCAACGGCCUCGACGACAUUGGCCUGACCCUCCAGCACGAAGACGCUAUCUCCGCGUUCGAAUCCCGCCAGUCGUCGUAA